UUUGCUUCCCCGGUGUGUCACUCUCAGGCUGGAAUGAUUUGCUUGAUCCUUGAGCGGGGUGGUCUGCUGUGGAAGUUGACUGGCAGCAGCAUCCGGUGCAACUUUUAACUUGGUAGUCAAGUUUUGCUCGUUCUUUUCUCAUUAAUCUGCUUGCUGUGAGUCUGCAUCAGAACAUCAUAUAGGAUCCUCUUCAAUCCUAAUGGUCGUUUGCGAUCAUCAAGGGUUGUUUUCAUGCAGGAUUUAUUGCUUUGGUUGGUUCCAUACUCCAUAAACUCAGCGCAAACCGCUGAUCUAAGAGCAAGUGUCAGAACAGUCUGUCUCGGCAUGGCUGCAGAUUUAUCAAUUGAUUAGUGCACGUUUGAACAUCUCAUUGCUGCUGCUUGCCAUGGAGCUGAGAGCUGGAGCUUCCCGGAUCGGUAGACUCAUUGAUUUUAUUAAAGCACCCCUCCUGUUGCAUCUUCUUUAGUCUUGCCCCGAACAAAUGGAGAGAUCCAGCAAAUCAGCGAGCAGGUCAGUCUUCAUCCUUAGAUGAAUGCUGAAUCUGCAUUCGGUCUGUUCAGCAGCCCCGGCCAGAAUCGACUCUCAGCUCGCGACUUCUCUUGAAGAGCUCAGAGAAGAUUUCAGAGAGUUUCAUCAGUCACUUGGCACCAAUAGCCAAGAUCGCGCGAGCAGCGUUCCUGAACCAGUUCAGACCAGCUGAGUCAAAAGCAUCCAGUACAACGAAGUACCGCCCCAAGGCUGUCACUGCUUACCGCGACACACAGAGAGGUGGUCCAAAGGGCUACCUGCGGUGCAUGAUCACUGGUCUGUGGUUUCCCGAGAAGAAGAUAAAGGCAGGCCAUGUGUACAGGCAGACCUGGGCGCCAAAUGUGUUGGAGGACGCAAAUAUGACUGUUCAUGACCCCCGCAACAUCAUUCUGAUGCUCGACCAGUUAGAAGAACGGUUCGACAAGUGGCACUGGACCCUGCUUCCGAUCGGUGACACGGUGUAUCAGGUCUACCUCCUCAACCCAGAACUGAGGGAACCGGGGGUUUCACCAAGAGUGAAGUAUCUCUGGUCUAGAGGCGAGAAGGACGAGAAAAAGCACAACGGAAGCAGCGGGUCAGGGAGAGGUGGGAAGAAGGGCAGGCCAAGCGAAGGCUUGGGUUGCGAGCAGGAGCAGGAGAUGGUGGAGGAGGGCGAGGCGGACGAUGACAAGAAGAUAACGAGCGGGAGCAGUGCAGAUGAAGUGAAGGAAGUCAGCCGGGCUGAAGAGGGUGGUGAGGAAGACGGUGGCAGGGGGUCCGGGCUUGAGAACGGCCCCCAGAGACCUCAAGGGGGCAGAAAUGGUCAAGAGCCGGUCGGAACGAGCGGCGGAGGUAUGCGGGUGGAUGUUGCGAACUUGGACGAGAACGGUCCUACAUGGGCGUCUCUUCAUAUGAAGGAGUUGCGAUUCGAAGGGAGCUGCCAGCCAGCGAAGCGGGUGUGCGGAUUCCACGCGUACAUGGCGAUCAAAGACGCCGAGACGAAAGGAUGGAUCCUGAGAGGGUCUGUUGAAGUGCCGGACGCCGCCUGGGGUUCCCCCACCUUCGACAAGAAACUCAUGGACGUGUACCUGCACGACUCGUUCGAGUAUGCCUCUAGCGUAUGGAGCGACUCCCCACAUGACGCGGGGUCCCCGGAGAACACCCCCAAAGGCGGAGAGCUUUUGUGAAACGGGUGCAAAGAUCCCGACAAAAAGCAGAAGGCUCGCUUAGGCAGGCGGUCUUCGCUCGUCUGCCGCUUGGUACAUCACUUGUAAGAUGCGUAUGUAGUUCUGAAGUCUACUCUUGCAUGUGAGUUCUCUUGCUGACUUUGGUAGAUUGUAUUGAGCCACCUCACACAGGGUGCAUGCACCUCAGUGAAUGCCUCUCUUAACGAGGUAGACUACAGUCACGGGAAUGCACAUGUUCUCCAUGAUGACCCU